GUCGGCGCGGGCGGAGGGCGGCGGGCGGCGAUGGGCUGCGGCUGGGGCUUGCUCGUCGGCCUCCUGGGCGCCCUGUGGCUGCUGUGCUCGGGCCACGGCGAGGAGACGGCGGCGCAGCGCUGCUUCUGCCAGGUUAGUGGUUACCUGGAUGAUUGUACCUGUGAUGUGGAGACCAUCGAUAAAUUUAAUAACUACAGACUUUUCCCAAGACUACAAAAACUUCUUGAAAGUGACUACUUUAGAUAUUACAAGGUAAACUUGAAGAAGCCCUGUCCUUUCUGGAAUGACAUCAACCAGUGUGGGCGAAGAGACUGCGCUGUGAAACCCUGUCAUUCUGAUGAAGUUCCUGAUGGAAUUAAGUCUGCAAGCUACAAGUAUUCUGAAGAAGCUAACCUCAUUGAAGAAUGUGAACAAGCUGAGCGGCUUGGAGCAGUGGACGAAUCUCUGAGUGAGGAAACCCAGAAGGCUGUUCUUCAGUGGACCAAGCAUGAUGAUUCGUCAGACAGCUUCUGUGAAGUUGACGACAUACAGUCCCCCGAUGCUGAGUAUGUGGAUUUACUCCUUAACCCUGAGCGCUACACAGGCUACAAGGGGCCGGAUGCUUGGAGGAUAUGGAGUGUCAUCUAUGAAGAAAACUGUUUUAAGCCACAGACAAUUCAACGGCCUUUAAAUCCUUUGGCUUCUGGUCAAGGAAAAAGUAAAGAGAACACUUUUUACAGCUGGCUAGAAGGCCUCUGUGUAGAAAAGAGAGCAUUCUACAGGCUUAUAUCUGGUCUCCAUGCAAGCAUUAAUGUGCAUUUGAGUGCAAGGUAUCUUUUACAAGAUACUUGGCUGGAAAAGAAAUGGGGCCACAAUGUCACAGAGUUUCAGCAGCGCUUUGAUGGGGUUUUGACUGAAGGAGAAGGUCCGAGAAGGCUGAAGAACUUGUACUUUCUGUACUUGAUAGAGUUAAGGGCUCUGUCUAAAGUGCUCCCAUUUUUUGAGCGCCCAGAUUUUCAGCUCUUCACUGGAAAUAAAGUUCAGGAUGCAGAAAACAAAGUGUUACUUCUGGAGAUCCUUCAUGAAAUCAAGUCAUUUCCUUUGCAUUUUGAUGAGAAUUCUUUUUUUGCUGGGGAUAAAAAUGAAGCACAUAAACUAAAGGAGGACUUCCGACUACAUUUUAGAAAUAUUUCGAGAAUCAUGGAUUGCGUUGGUUGUUUUAAGUGUCGACUGUGGGGAAAGCUCCAGACUCAGGGUUUGGGCACUGCUCUGAAGAUCCUGUUUUCCGAGAAACUGAUAGCAAAUAUGCCAGAGAGUGGACCAAGUUAUGAAUUCCAGCUAACCCGACAGGAGAUAGUAUCCUUGUUUAAUGCAUUUGGAAGGAUUUCGACAAGUGUGAGAGAAUUGGAGAACUUCAGGCACUUGUUACAGAAUGUUCACUAAGGAGGACAGCUUGAAAGGUGCCUGUUUCUGGACGGGGAGGCCAAAGAGCUGAAUCUUUCCGAGCAGCGUGACUGCAAUGGCCGUCUUAAGGCAAAAAUUUCUAUAAAGCUGCUUUUGUAAAAGGAGAAAUACAUUGUUUUAAGUAAAUGACAUUUUUAAAAAUUG